AGGCUCGCUUUUUGUGCGCAAAACUGGGUCAGUUCGUUACCGAAAUGGACAGAAGAUGCCUUUUGCUUAUUCCAGUUGUGUUUUUUACGUUUAUUAUGCCUGCGUUGGCCCUAGAUAAGUGUAAAGAGGUAAGAUUUUCGCAUGAAGCGGAGUCGGCCGGUUUUUGGGUUGGGUGAAUAUUGAUGAUCUUUUGUGUUAUUCCUUGAUUUUAGACCUAAAAGUGUCUUUUUAACUUUUUAUUGCAAACUUUAUUGUGUUUUCUUUCUUUUUUAUUCUUUGCUUUCAGGACCAACUCACGUACGAAUUCACUGAAUGUGAUUCGGCAGAGGGCAGAUGGCGCGUAGCAGUUCCAAAAGAUCCGAACUCCUGCGAGGCGAGCGAAGUCCCCGUUCGCCAAAAGGAGUGUAGUAAGUGCAGUUUAAUUACGUUUAAUAGAAGUGUGGGUUGAGAAUUUUUUACGUAAAAUAUGAAUGGAUUUCAGAUAUUGUCUGUAUCGUUAUCAGUUUUAAUAGUACAAGUAUAACCUGCAAUCUAUAAACUCGACAUGUGAAUUUACAUAAAACUUUUUCAGACAUUGUUUGUGUUUAUGCUGGGUUUCAUAGCCGUAUUCUUGCCUAAUCUGGCCGUCUGAAGUUUUCAGCCUUGAUUCCUGGCUCAGUGUUUGUCAUAAACAAAAUUCUUGAACUAUCUUCAACACGAACCGAGCCAUCUAUACCUCGUGUUAUUUUAUGUAUUUACUUAUGCUUGUACAAGCUUCAUGUUUUCUUCUGCUUAAUUCAAUGCAAAGUAGGCAUGGGAAAAGACGAUGUCAUGUGAAUGCAACAAAUGGUUUAAACCGUAGACCUAGUUAAAAAUGGUGAUACAAUUGCAUUAGUUGUAGUAGUUGAUCGUUUAACUAAACUUGCCGGGUAGAGAAACAGAAGAUACUUUCGAGAGUCUUUAUCCAAGGAAAUAUAAGGGACUCUGAAGAAUUUGUACAUAAAUUAACUUUACUUAUGUCGUGGUUAGUUUAGGUUAGUUUGUACAUCUUUGGGUGCGGUAGAUUACCUACUGUAUAUGCCAUUAUUUUAAAUUCAGUAGAAUCUUUUAUACCUUCCUCCUUCAACCCUCAUUAAUUUUGUACCGAGAAUACGCAUUGACAUUGCUGAGUGAUGGUGAUGUUAAAGUAAGCUUAAUACAGAAUUAAAUAAUGAAAAAAUAAUAUAGUUUUGAUUGAAUACAAUGCAGUUUGUAUUAAUGUGUUGGAGACGUAAAGGGAAAGCUGAGAAAGUGUUUUCAUCCUGUUGUGCUGAUUCCUGAGUAGAAAAUGUACAGUCCCAUCAAAAAUUUUAGUUUUAAAAGCAUAAUAUUUGCCUGGAAUAAAAUACCCUUGAAAAGGAAAUGCUCAGCAGUGAGGAUGAUAUUACAGAGGAAACUAAAAUAAUUCUUGUAGCUUUUCUAUGCUAGCGUGGGAAUAGUCUUUGAAACAGUGGUGUGAAUUGACACCGACAUCAAACAGUUGUAAUUAUAAUGUAAGAGACUGGGUUAUUUAAGCAACAAACCACAUUUUCAGUUGGUUUACUGGUGUAACAACCUAUCUGGAUGUUGCGUGAACAUGAGAAAAGCAUGUGAAUCUUGAGCCAAAGGCAAGUGAUUUACAUGCUUUGAGAGUUUUUCUUUGCAAACUGUGGUGGUUUCUUCUGUUUACAUUCACCAGUUAACACACAAAGCCCAUCAAAGUGAAAAUACAAAUUUACAAAUUAAUGGUGGCAUCACACCUGAGAAAUUCACCUAGAUGUAACUUCCUCCUCAAACUUUCUUCAUACUUCUUUCUAUCUAACUUCUAUCUAACAAGAAACAUCAAUAUUCAGAGAGCAUCAAUUUUUGCAUCCUGGGUGCAAAUGCAAAUGUAUACUGUUUGAAAAGCAGCAUUCAUGGACCUUGAAUUAUGUAAAUACAAGUUACAACCCUUCAACUUACAACCAUUUUAGUAACCAUGAUGCCUAAAAUUUUGUACUGGCAUCUCAAUAAGGAAAAUAGUUGCCAAGCUGGAAAUAAUAAUAUAGUAAUAUAGGAAUACAGAUUAGAUAAAUAGAAGACCAAUAUAUUAAUAUUUUUACUACCUACUUUUCUGUUGAACAAAAAAACUCUAAGCUUCAUGUUAAUCACUUGCCUUUGCACUUAAAUUAACUUUUUGUCUUUAUUCUCUGUGGAUGUCUUAAUAAAUAGGAAGACAGCAUAAUAUGAAAGUUAUACUCUUUAUUAUAUCCAUUUUGAAAUCACUGGUGAUCCAUGCAAUCUGAUUGGCUCUCAAUAGUGUAAUUUAUUCGUGAAUCAAACUAUCUUUUUCUUUAAAUCACCUCUGUUUGAAAUCGCAUCAUUCAUGUUUUAAAUCACUUCAUUUCUGUUUUAAAUCACACCAUUUUUGCUGUAUAUUGCAUCAUUUCUGUUUCAGGUACAAAAUGAGAUGAAAAAGCCUUUUUGUUUCCGCUUUUCAACAAACUGGCUAUUUGGUCAAAUAAAAUUAAGGCUGGUACUGACUGAAUUCUGCGAUUUCAAAAUUGCUGUGAUAAAAUGUUAAUUGAACUUCGUGUGGUACAAUUUGGUCUGAAAUAAUACUUGUGAUUUCAAAUCGAACUCGUCUUGCGUGCUCGUGUAAUUUUAAAAUCAUACAUAUGAUUUCAGACCAAACUGUAAUCCACUCAGUUCAAUUACACCAGUAUUCUCACAGCGAUUCCUAAGAAUUAAAGACACCAUUUUAGAUUAUAACCAAUCUGCUACAAAUGAAUCAAUAGUAUCAUUGCUUACCACCAACAACGCUUGUGGCAAGUGCAUUUACAUGUUCCUCGAUAAAAAGUCCUUCUGUGCUCUUCUUGCCGAUGCUUAUUUAAAGGAACAGGGAUCAAAAUAACGGACAGUAGGUCGCCGGUCAUGAUGACCAGCCAAAUAUUUUUUUGGCCGGACAAACCCGGAUUUUGGCCGGUCAAAUAAUGAAUACAAUGAUUUUUUUUUGCCUUAUAUGGAAUAUCAAAUUACGCUGGCAGUAGAUCAUUGUACUGCAUUGACGUUCAGGUUUUUAGUGGCAAGUCGGUGAAAUUCAUUCACAAGUUGUUGAGUUCCUUUCCGGGGUUUUCCCCUGCUUUCAUGUCCCUUUAUAUCACAGGCAGCCCAAGCGCACUAUUUGUGGGUUCGGGCUUCAGAGGUCAUUUGGUGGGAAUAUAGUAGAAUUAUUAGUGUAUUAUCUGAUGCCAAAUAAAUGCAAAAAGUCUUAAAGAUAUGAAGUCUUCUUGUUUGUCUAUCGGUACUAGUAGCCUUUAAGAUAACGAAAAUCGAUAUUUCUUGCAUUAUUACAUGUGAUUCGGGCCCUUAUUGAUCGAAUUUUAUCACAUGUAUUCGAAUCUACAACGCUAAGGGAAAAAAAAUCAUGAUCACGCGAAACAUUGAUUCAAAAAGCUCCCUUACAUUUCGUUCAUAGCCACUCUGUGUCCUACGGCUGGUUUAAACACCGUUUAGUCGACUUUCUUUCCAUCGAGUACUGAACACUAUAAAAGAAGGGAAGGCUGGAGACCUUCCAAUUGACCCUCGCCGCUCGAAGGCCAAUAAAUUCCAAACAAAGCGACCGAUCUCCCUAAAAUUGCCACCAGCCAGACCGAAGAGUGUACACCUACCCGCUCGACGCCAGCGCCAGGUUCUAAAUUGGCUGCAUGAGCUCGAGGAUCGUUGCAUUUCGCAUCGAUUCUGGCCAGCUUCGCUUCGCCAUGAUGCACAAUCUUAACUGUUAUCCUAUGAGAUUCAAAUCUUGGAGCUUAGCGACGGCGUCAGAUGGACAAAACGUCACUCUCGCGGGGGGAGGGUCGUCACUUUUGCCCUAUCGCAAACCGACACCGUCCGGGGAGCCGGUGCGCUUAAUUAGGCCGGAAACAGCUCACGCGUGUAUGACACAUGAAACCCAAAAACGUCCCAGACUGUCUUAUCUCCGAUUUGAGAUUUAAAUCUUGCCAAUAACGGUUCCAAAAUCAGUUCGUUGCAGUCCGUUGUUUGGGUCAGUAGUUCUGUUCAAGUUCAAUAUUUCCUUUCGUAUUUUAACAAUAUUUCUUUUCAGAGCUACCCUAAAAUAUAUUUUUCUUUUACACGUAGCUUGUUUGUUAGUAAAAUCGCGUGUAUUUCGGUUUCUGUGGUGAUCGCGUGUAUUUCGGUGCCUGUGUCUAGCGUUUGAAGAAAGUCUGUUGAUAACGAUGUUCUCAAAAGUAGCCAGACAAGAGGAGGAUUUUCCUCCGAAGAAGAAAAAAAGAAAUCUUUUGGCUAUUCAGAAGAGUGGAAAAUAAUAAAGACAGUCUGGGACGUUUUUUAGGUUUCAUGUGUCAUACACAUGUGAGCUGUUUCGGCCGAAUUAAAUGCACCGGCUCCCGAACGGUGUCGGUUUGCGAUAGGGCAAAAGUGGCGACCCUCCCCCCGAGAGUGACGUUUUGUCCAUCUGAUGCCGUCGCUAAGCUCCAAGAUUUGAAUCUCGUAGGAUAACAGUUAAGAUUGCGCAUCAUGGCGAAGCGAAGCUGGUCAGAAUCGAUGCGAAAUGCAACGAUCAUCAAGCUCAUGCAGCCGAAUUUAGAACCUGGCGCUCGUCGAACGGGUAGGUGUACACUCUUCGGUCUGGCUGGUGGCAAUUUUAGGGAGAUCGGUCGCUUUGUUUGGAAUUUAUUGGCCUUCGAGCGGCGAGGGUCAAUUGGAAGGUCUCCAGCCUUCCCUUCUUUUAUAGUGUUCAGUACUCGAUGGAAAGAAAGUCGACUAAACGGCGUUUAAACCAGCCGUAGGACACAGAGUGGCUAUGAACGAAAUGUAAGGGAGCUUUUUGAAUCAAUAUUUCGCGUGAUCAUGAUUUUUUUUCCCUUAGCGUUGUAGAUUCGAAUACAUGUGAUAAAAUUUGAUCAAUAAGGGCCCGAAUCACAUGUAAUAAUGCAAGAAAUAUCGAUUUUCGUUAUCUUAAAGGCUACUAGUACCGAUAGACAAACAAGAAGACUUCAUAUCUUUAAGACUUUUUGCAUUUAUUUGGCAUCAGAUAAUACACUAAUAAUUCUAGUAUAUUCCCACCAAAUGACCUCUGAAGCCCGAACCCACAAAUAGUGCGCUUGGGCUGCCUGUGUUUAUAUAUACUUUGACUUUGAGUAUCAUCGUAUGGCGGUGUCUCAAGUCUCCAAGUCCCAUAGCUGCAUGUCGGUGAAAGUUGAUCUUUUUUGUUGCCCGGCAGGUGAUCGAAAGUCUCCUCCACUAAAUAUUUUCGGCAAAGAAGUUGAUUUGGCGAGAAAUCCAUUCCCCAAACAGCGUAUUUAUCAUCAGAAGUCAAUAAAUAUACAGCAGAGCUUUCGUUUGGGUCGUACAUCGCACAACACUUUAUCGCAAAGGGCUCAUUAUAAACAUCUACAGAAAUUUGCAUACAGCUGUUUACAAGAAGGAAGAUUUUAAGUGCUGAGAUAGGCGGCGUUCCUUUUCGACUAGCUUAAAUUUUUAUCAGGCAAUUCUGCAAUCGAGUCCGCAAACGAGAUUCAUGGUCGACAUAAGGAAAUUGUAUAUAAUUACUUGAUGCGCUAAAAUUUAUUCCCGGAGAAACAGUACAGGACGUGGAGAAUUGCGAUAGAUUAACAGGUGGUUUUCACAAUCCUCUUACAAGUAGAUGUGAAACGUUUGUGGGGGAAAAACUGUUAGCUAUCCUUUAGUUUUCUAACAAAUAACGUGUAUGUUUUCCCAAAGAAGGUCACAUUACUAAUCACAGCAAAGCUGAAAGUACAGUAUGACCUGCAGCAUCAUUGCGUUACUCAACAACUCAGUUUAUUGUUGUUUUGCUUUGUUGCAUUUCAUUACAUGACAACAUUAAAUUUAAUGCGGCAUUCGUUUUCUUAAAAGUUUUAGUGCAAAGCAUGAAAAAAAAGGCAAAGAAAAAAGAAAUGAUUACAGUGCUUGUUGUAGAGCAAAACGCAUUAAGCGGCAACUAUAUGGAAAGUAUUUUAAAAAGUUUGCAUGCAAAAAAUGACCGGCAAGAUGAGAGUUUGACCGGUCAAGUCCACGAUCAGGCCGGACAUUGUCCGUUGACCGGCCGUUAUUUUGAGCCCUGAAGGAACAGAAACUGAAUCCGAGUGAUUUUUAUACAAUUCCCUUUCCUUUUUACCAUUGAAAACAAGUUUUAAAGAGGUUUUCAAUAUAAGCUUUUACAUAAUAUCAUUCUUACCAAUCAAUGUCUUUGGAAAACGAAGAUAAAAACUUCCGUUCAAUGUGAGGACUGUAACUUUCCCACUGAAACUACAAACCAUAAGUUGUAUAAGUGUCCUGCAGUGAAAAGCUUUACGAAUGAGGUCUUAAACUGGUGGAACUUCAAACACCCUGAAAACAUAACAUCCGGGGCUAUGGAAAUUCUUUGCAGUUACAAACCUGAAUCAACACACAUUCGCGCUGUCAGUCAUUCUUCUAAUUACAAGAUGCUACAUCCACCUUGCCAGAAUCAAGUCUGAGACCCCAAGAUUCAAUGUUUUUGUUGUUCUUCUGGAAACUAAAAUUUCACUUCAAAGAAAAACUGCUAUUAAAACCGGAGACCUCAAAGACUAAUAAGUGCCCCUCCUUGUGCAUUUCUGAUAUGUGUUGUGACUUCUUGGAUUAAUGACUGGAUUAUGACUAUUAUGACUAUUAUGACUUGGAUUAUUGUUGUUGUUGAUGUUGUUUUUGCUCUGUCUGUGUCAUAUGGCUAACUUCAAUCAUGGACAAAUCAUGCGUUUCACAAGUAACAUUGUAAAAAGCAAUGCCGUCAUUUUACAAAUCCAUGUCCCCUGCCCCUUCUCCACCCAAUACAAUGUUGACAGAUCAAAGGAAUUGUGCCUUGACAGUUUCAACUGUGUCCGUAGGGUAGGGGUAGGGGGGGUAGGGAUGUGCUGUUUUAGUAGCGUGUGAAUACAAUUUGGCGUGUGUUAAAAAGCUUUACAACAGUUACUGUCCCAACACUUUUGUCCAUGAUUGUUGCUUUACUAUUGUAUGUACCUUUCUUGCAUUAUAAUUAUGAUAAACUUAAUGUGUGGACAGGCAAAUUAUGGUACCAAUCAACGACAUAACUCGUUAUAGACCAGCAGUUAGCAGUAAGAACCCCACUAUUAAUAAAAACAUAACUACAUGUAUUCUGACACACACACAAAAAAGCUCUGUUAAUAUUAUUGUUUGUAAAUUGUGCUGAAUGAUUGAUUUGGUUUUUGUAGCUUACACAUGUGAUCCAGGUCACUAUGUAGAUGUGGGAAGCAAAACUCUGGAGUGCAAAGUAUGCCCCAAAGGAACUUACAGCGUUGGGGGCGGUGUCCGCUUCAGUAAAUGGGAUCAAUUGCCUACUGGAUUUGAAAGUCGUAUUUCUGAUGAACAUUAUGAAGGAUAUGGUUAUGAUGAUGAAUAUUUCCAUGAGACAAAAAGUGGCAACUGCUCUAAGUGAGUUUGUUUUUUAGGAGGAUGAGGUGAAUUGUGUGUUUACAGGGCCCAGGAUUGCAACUCACUGGUUGCCAAUUCAACUAAAAAUUGAGUGCUUGUGGCUAAAUUUUAGGACCUGGUCACCAAUUACUGGCGAGUCACCUUAGGUUUUAAUAAGAUAAGCCCUUGACUUGCCUGCAAAUGCAGAUGGUUUUUUGGUUGUCGCUUUUCUCUGCAUGAAUAGUAAUGUCUGCAAUCCCAAGCCACCAAACAAUAAACUGAGUUACUCCUCUUGCCCUCGUGAGCUGGUGUGUCUAGGAUUUUGACAAGAUUUUUCAACUAAUUUUUUACUGUGAACUUCAAGACUGUAACGAGUUUUCCUGUCAUGUUUUCCUGUCAUGUAACAAUGGUUCUUAAUAAUUUGCCUUUGGUUUCUUUGUAGAACAAAAUAAGUUCUUAAGCUAUGGAUAAGAUUUGUGACUUUGGUCAGACUAGCCAAAUCCAAAAACUAAAGCUGACAAAAACUGGUGAAAAUAAGAGACAAAUGAUAAAAAUCUACACAAUGAUAGAAUCGAAAUGAAUCUGUAUGACAUUUCAUCAAUCAGUUCCACAAUUAUCCAAAUUUAACUAAAACUGACAAAAAGUUGUUUUGAAUAAAUAGUAUCCAAUCCUCACAAAUCUUUUGAAAGUCUGGAACAAUAGAGCUAAACAGUGAUAGGCUAAUAAUGUCCUAUGUCAAAGAAUUAGUUUUGGAGCUUGGGGUCACAGAUGUUGCUUUUCAGGUGAAGGGAAGCGACAACUGUGAAUACAUUGUACAUCUGAGUUUUCAGGCUAGCCCUCGACUUGCAUCUCUAAUCAUUGGUACAGUAAUGCCUCUCCCAGUGGUUGAACAAAGUAGUACUAUGCGUUGCCCAGCAACACAAAUACAGCAUGAUUAAACUGAUUUUAUCUUAUCUUACAACGAUGUUGAUGCACAUUUUGUUGCUUAUGAUAAAAUAAUGCACAUAUGCAGCUCCUGGCUUCUGUCCCAACCCAUUACUGAAAUGGCCUACAAGUUUUAAUAGUGCAUGGCUCAUAAGGGGGCCCCUGGCCAAACAUCCUGUUUUGCCUUCCUCCUAAUUUCUGAUUGUGUAUAAUGAUUAAAUUAAUAUUGGUUAUUUCAGAACUGGGUGGACACCACGAGGAGACAGUAUUGCAUCACCUGGAGAUGAAUGCACCUCAGAGUUGUCAUAUGCUGUCACUGUAAGUGUCACAGGGUUUUUAUAACACCAUUGAUACAGUGUGCACCCUGUUAAAAUUUAACAGGGCGCAUACUGUAUUUAAUAUAGCCUAGCAUGUAGAAAGUCUGGUUGCGUUGUUUCUAUCACACUAUUAUUGCAGUUUAAAUUGUGAUGAAUUCCAUUAACAGUACAUGUUCAACUGAAGCCAGUAUGCCAGCUACAUCUUUUUUGGUUCCAAUGCCUGCAACAGCACUCACUUUCACAUUGUAGUCACACAGUUGUUGUUUAAGAUAUUCAAUUCUUAUAUAUUUUGAAAGUAAAAGGGAAAAAGACUAUUAUUUAGAUCUCACUCUCAACUAUUUUAUUUUUUAUUACGGGCGACAAAAGGAGCUUGUAAUCCUAAUCUCCAGGUUGCCAUUACGCCUGUACAGGAUGCAUGUUAUAGCCAGCUUUGAUUGGAUUUCCACUUCACUGCAUUCCCAUGAAUGGAAUGAACAGAGCGCAAACAGUGUUGGAGCAAAAGUGUUUUGACCUUUGAUCAUUUUUUGUUUCCAGAAGAAGUUAAACAACUAGAGAAACAAAGGAAAAAAUCAUACAAUGUAACUAAAAGUUACAUGAAAAAAUUUGAAGGAAAAAAAACUAUUAAUUGUUAAGAAAAUGCUUUUUUCAUGAGAAGGACUCUUAAACGCCGACAAACGUCAACAAAUAGCUAAAACUAUAAUUUCUAUAUGUUUGCAUUUCUCAAAAUCACGCGCAUUUACAAGGCUAAAGCUUUUUGCUGACUUGCAAGGACCCAUGUGUUAUAAAGAUCCCCCAAAAAAGGGAUAAAUCUCAUAGUUUAUUAGAUAUAAUCGUGUAAAGUUUGCUUAUCAUUUUCACAUAAAUUAUGACCUAAAUUUGGAAACCAAGUUGAAUUUCUUGCAUUGGGUCUUUGCAAUUUUGGUGAAACUCUGUUCAACGCAAGGCACUAAUGCGCACUAUACGUAGCUGAGAGAUUUUCACGAGGAAAUGCUGGCGACAGCAGAAUUUUGACUCAGACCCUGCGUGCAAAGAAAGUAGUGUCCGAUAGCCCAGGGCUAGUGGAUUUUGCUAUCAGGCUAAUGAAUUCUGUUGUUAACUUGCCCGACGGGCAAGUGAGGUCUUUUGAUUAGUUCGAAUGACAGAAGAACUAUGAAAUCAAUUCUGCUGGUCAAAAAGCGUCUGGGGCUAGUUGAAAUGACAUCUGGGCUAGUAAAUGCUAGCUUCGGCUUGCCCGAAUGGCAAGCUGUAAGAAUGACUUUCUUUGUACCCUGCAGACCCCAAAGAGGUGUGGCACUAUAACCACGUGACAUUUACUCUGAUUGCCUAAAAUUUUAUGCUAUAUUGUAGAUUGAUCUAUAUGUUAUCCAUGCUAUAUGUUAGACUUACGAUCAAAGUAAAGAUGGGGUUACCAGAGAGCUUCAAAGUAGGAUGGUACCCUUACAAAAUAACUGUAGGGUCGAGUCACCUGAACUAAACUUAAUGACUAAAUUUAAGCUUAGCGUAAAGAAAAUCAAUGAAAACAAAGUAAAAUAGCCAAUUAAAAAAUGCUACUUUUUUGCUUUGAGUUCAAUAAGUGUAACUUAAACCCAAAAGCUGUACAGUCAAACCUUGAUUAUCCAGACUUGUUUCCCUGGUCCUGUUUUGUAAUGAAUAUUAAUAAGAUGCGAUCUUGAAAAGUUGAAACAAUUAAAAGUACAUUAAUCCUUCCAAAUGUGUGUUUAAAACACUGUUUUAAUCUGUUUCGCUUUGAAAAAGCAUGAGCAGCAUGAGAUGAACUAUUAUUGUGAUGCAUUCAGCUGAAUUCUGAUUGGCUUAAUUCUUAUGUUACCAAGGGAAUGUCAUGCUUGAUUCUGUGUGAGUUAUGGAAACACAAGACCAACAAAUUGUAAACUCACAGUCAUGUCUACGAAAAGAAAGUGGUCUGUUCUCUUGUCAAAGGACAAGCAAACGAUUUUUUAUGUUUGGAGAAAGGAGAAAAAGGGACAAAUUUAGCACUUGAGUUUAAAAUCAGCAAGCAGCAGAUCUCAGAUAUAUGUAAAAACCAAGAGAAGAUCCUGAAAUUCACGGACAAGUUCAAGAUGAGCGAAGCAUUCGAUCCAAAGUCCCUGAAGGUUGCCAAUGACGAGCAGGUUGAUAAAGCUUUGUAUGCCUGUGUUUUUCAGCAAAGACAUACUGGAAUGCCGAUUUCAGGUCUGCUUCUGCAAGAGAAAGCAAAGCAUUUCUCUGUGCAGUUAAACGCAGAGUCGGCCGAACGAGAAAGCUUUAAAGCAUCAACUGGUUGGUCCUAUGGACACUUGAAAAAUUUAAAACUUUUUUAUAUGUCAAUACAAAAUAAUACACAAACAUACCAACUCUACAUAAAUGCAAGUAAGAGCUAAUUAACUUUUAUAGUUUUUUAUUUAUUUAUUUUAUAUGUUUACAUUAUUGUCUCAUUAAUAUUCUUGUUUCGAUUAUCCGGACUCUUGAUUACUCAAGUGUCCAUGAGUCCGGAUAAUCAAGGUUUGACUGUACAAAGUAUUGAUUUUGUCCUGAAAACAAAAGCAAACUGACUUUCCAGUUGCUACCAGCUUUACUGUUACUUUUUAUCUAUUUUUCUUUUAUGGAAACCAGAACAAUAUGGCUUGGAUUACCUAAAAUGGCAUUUUUUUACUUUGCAUUGUUAAAAUAAUAUUUUUAUUUGUCUUCUAACAGCUUCAAAAGGAUGGUCAUGUGUCAUUUGACUACUACUACACUGAUGAUACGUACACUGUGUUUCGUGUAUUUGUGAGUUCUUCAUUAAUUAGUUACCUUUUACUUUUAUCUCCCAAACUGGUGAAAUGUGCAAUUCUCUGUGUGUUUUUUUUAUGCUGAAAUCUUCAAGAGACUCUUAGUGUUUUUAUCAUGUGUAUGGCAAAUGGAAUGAUCCAAAAAUUUUAAUUAUUUUGUCAAAGUCAACCCUGUCAUUUAGUCCAAAAUGAAGCACCAAUUUUUUAAAGAUGCAUUUUAAAGUUGUGUUACUCUGUGGACAUCUUUUUUACCCAAGAGACUAAAAAUUAAACAGUUAAUAAAGGCUGUGUUAUUUUGAGUCUGCUUGCUUCCGUGUCUUGUACUUUAUCGAGAGACUAUUGAAACCAAUAUACUGUGCCUAAACUUCAAGGUAAAGUAAUAUAAUAAUAUUGUUUUUUGUUUGUGACCUCACCUGUAGGUAAGAAAUGAACAGUGUAAAGUUUCCAGCCUGAGUAAACAUGAUACAUUCCCUCCAAGUUCCUCCAACAAUGAAUGGCUGACCACCAAGGUAGAAAGCUUUUUUCCAACUCAUUUCAAAUUUUCCAGUUACAUGAAUUCAUUCUAAACGACCCAACACUUACACAGCUGAUAUGAUUUCUGACAGAUUAAUUUGAAAGCUGGAAGAAAUGUUAUCAUUUGGCAAGCAACAGCCAUUACAUAUGAUUAUGAAGAUCAAGACAGUAGGAGAGAACCUGUUUACAUCAAGAGUAUUGAAAUACAAGGUUUGUUUGUAUUUUAUUACUGUAUUGAUAGUGAGUUUUGAUCGUGGACUUUCCUCACCAGGUUCGCAAUAUUGGAGUUUUUUCAUGCACAUUUACAGUCGCAUGAUCAGGAAUGAAGAAGAUUUCAAGCUUUUUUAACAACUUAGCUUUGAGAAAGCGUCCUUCAACAGUCUUUUGACUCAAACAAGCAUAUUCUCAACCAGCUACUGAGUGCAGCUUAAUGGAAGGAAAGCUUUCUGUAGGACUUUCUAGUCCUAGUUCAAUAUCCUUUAAUGAUUACGCAAUCGUAAGAAAUUGCACUCUUCGAAGCUUUUCAAAGAUUUGCCACCAAAUUGAAGGGAAUUUGCAUAUGAUAACCUUUGAUUAUAGAACCAUGCUCAACCUGUAGUCAAGCAUAUCAUUCUGAUCACAGCGUAACUGAGCCAUUAAACUAAACGUUACUGAUCAUUUUCUGGCGCUCUCUCUAACCGUAAAAGUUUUUAAAAAAUCCUGCAAAUGUAGAAGCUGAGGACUCGUAGAUGUAGCCUUUAUUGUAACAAAUCAAUGUAAUUGCUGAGUCUUACAAAUUACAACACAAGACAUUCGGAUUGCCUCUUGAACUAUUGACUGACAAGAAACAUAGCAACUUAUAUAAAGCAUUCGUUGUAUUACUGUUGAUGUUUUUUUGCCUCUAAAGUUGGAUUUUCACAAAAAUUGAUUUAUAAACUGUUUUAAUUAAAGAAUUGAAAACUAACAAAAAUAACUGAGCAACACUUUUCUUUUUAUUUCAUUCUAUUAUACCUGUAUAUACAUUAGAGUAUUAUUUCAUUUAACAGGGUGUUGGAGGAGGAGCCCAACCCCCCUCUACUUUUUUUUUUCACCAGUGGCUUGUCCUUCUUGGCUAGUGAUUUAUUUCACUCACUAGCCCAUUGCCCAAUAUCCAAAAAAAUUAGUGUCAAGCACUGAUAUUACUAAGCCUAUGUUUUGAUUAGGUGACAAAAUUCCACUGAAAGUGACUAAAUUGUAGGCUGCUGGCUUAUUUUGACCAGGCUGCCAAUUUAGUCCACCAUGAAGUAAAAAUCGGUUUCUUGUGAUGUGAGAUCGAACAUAACUUGUGUGGUUCAGAGUACACUUAAUUCAGUUCCAUUUAAAAGCAAGUGGGCCAUAAUUGUUUUGAUGUGAGUCUUGAUUCUUGAUUCCAUAAAGAAUUGAGUUCUGAGAAUCAAGGAGCAGUCAUCCAGAAUUGUUUCUAAGAGGUAUAUAGAUUCUCGUGACAUAGAAAACAGAAAUUUCAUCCUUGAAUGAUUUCUUCAAAAUUUACAUUGACAUAAUUUGUAAAAAAUGGAUCGCAAACAUGGCAGUGUGCCGCAAGUUGCUGUUUACUUUAAAUCAAACUUUGUUGCAUCCUUGUUGUAAUCAAAUUUUUAGCUGUGUGUAUUUUGAGUUAUAAAAUGCAUUUGGCACACACUUUCCUACUUUCCCUGAUGUUUUCUAAACCUCCUGUGUGCUUCCAUAGCUCACUGUAUGUAAGCUAAGCAUUAAACAGUUCUUAAUUCUUGUCAUUUCUCAGGGGUUUCAUACACAUCAGAGUGUACACCAUGUGAAGCAGGAUUUUACAAUGACCAGGAAGCACAAGGAAGGUACUUAUUAUUCAUUACUAAAAAUGCAAUGGUACUCUACAAGGAAAUAAUUGGUGCCAGGAACUGCUGAUUCCAUUUUGUUUUCACGGAAAGAACAUAUUUGUUAUAUCCAAAAUUAUGGUCAAUUUGUAACUUUCAUAACAAGUAUAAUAAAUGAGUUUGAAUGUCAACUUAUAUGUGUUAUAAAUUAUUCUUGGAUAAUACAGCCAAGAAAUAUAACCGAUAAUCAAACUGUAUGUGUACUUGUAUCACAUCAUAUCAAGAUUUUAUUUUAUGUUGUUAUUGUUGUAACAACUGUGUAUCAUGUUGUUAGUACUUUUUCCUGUUUGCUUAAAAACCAAAAAAUACAUCUUUCUUAUUUGGUUUGUGGUAUGUGGCUGUACUACAGUGUUUCUAUGUUAAAUUUUGUUGCAGCUGUAGGUAAAAGACUGUGUACCUGUCUGGACUUAAAUCGCUUUCACACUGAAACACAUGAAAAGAACACCUCUUUCUUUUGGAAUUCUAUUUUGUGAAGUGAAUCAAAGCUAAAGCCUUCAACAACAUUGUAUUUCUGUUUAAAAUUUUACUUGUUGUUAAUAUUAAAAAUGAAACAUUCAUACAUGUAAUCAAAAUGUGACAGUCAGAGUUACACAAAUUCUGCUGUUAAGAAAUGACGUCCUUUAGGCCAUCUAAGCCAUGUCUAACAAUGAAAUAAAAUAGCUUUUUAUAAGUUUGCCAGGAAAACCUUUUCCGCACAAAUUAAAAUGCAUUUCAAGUCACAACUACACAUAUGUUUGGACUAUAGAUUUUAACUGAAUGUCAGAAUGUAGAAGGAGCUAUAAACAGCUAUCAAAAGUUAAUGGUACCUUCUGUAUUCUACAUGUAAAUAAAUGCGAGAAAGUUAUCCUGAAGAGAUCUGCCAGUAUUGUAACUUGUUUAUAAAAAUAAUAGAUGUUGAAAGCUUAAUUUGCUCCAAUGUUAUCUUGCAGUUGUAAAAUGUGCCCUGUUAACACAUUCUCCGCUCCUGGGGCUUUAGAGUGCUCAAAGUGUAACGAGGUGACAGAAUAUGCAGGUAAAAGUUAAUAACAUGAAUACAUGUAGAUAGAAAAUUUUAAGCUUAGCAAGACCAGCAACACAUGAUUUCACAGUCAUACAAUAAUUUCACAAUUAUUGGAAAAUCAUACAAUGGUGACACAUUGUCUUGUAUAAAAAUGCUGAAUGAUAUGCAAAUGAGCACAAUUUGGUCUUUUCCUGGUUUGUGAAUUUUUUCCCCACUGGUUUUAACUUGUUUAUGAAAAAUUGCUUAUCAGUUUCUUUUUCCUCAGGCCGCGGUGCAAAGAACUGUUCUCAGAGAAAGCCAUGUACGCAGCAGGAUUACUAUGAUAUUCGAACAGCUUGUGACGAUCAGGGCAAGGUAUGAUCUGCUGGCCAUCUGUCCAACAUUGUUUAGUAUUACUAAGUGAAUUUGUUGUUGUUAGGUUAGAUAUGGACUUGAAUGAUAGCCAAGAUUUAAUAAUAAUAAUAAUAAUGAUAAUUAUUAUCAUUAUUAUUAAUAGUGAGUUGCAAUUGGUGCAUUAGAAAACAGGUUAUUUGCCUUGAGCAGCAAAGCCCAUACCCUUAAGCACACAAUAGUAGGCUCGAUGGAGAGCAUUAUAGCAGAAGAAUUUGGAGUUGGCACCUUAGUCAUACACAUGUUAUGCUUCUGCAAGCAAAGUUUUUUUAUAACUUGCAUAUAAGUUUAGAACUGCAAGUGCAAUAAUAUUUUCAAAACAGUUUAUACCAAGGCUGCUGCCUAAUGGGCGCCCUGGUACCAGAGGCGCCUAAAAUUUACCCUUGAAAAUUACACGAAAAUUCAUAGGCCUCGAUUCCAGAGAAAUUACAUCAUUGCCAGAGAUCAAAAAAGUGAUUUACAUGGCACGUCAUUUCAAUCAUCGCUGAAAAUAAAUCCCAUGCUCCUCACGAGACCAUUUGCAUACAAUGAAAGUUUACAAAACCCUACCAUCGUAGUUUUGCUAAUUAAGAUCCUUAUUUUUUUACCACUCAGUAGUUUUCACCUGUUCCAAAGUAAUAAACUGUUUCAAGCGAUAGAAUUUGUGGACCGACACGUUUCGGAAAAGCUCUAAAUUUAAUCUUUCCUAAGCUUUCUGUGCAAAACAUGCAAGGCUUCAACCACGCAACGAUUCUUAGUCCCAGUUUCCAUAGUCUCUGCAAGGAACGCCUGGCACAAUGACCCCCCAUUUGUGUAUAAAAGAUGCCGAAAAACCCUGGGAGCACGCUUCCUGAAACCCUUACCCUAUUUCAGACCAAAAUCUGUGAUUUUCCCCACCCUAUUUCUGACCUGAAGCCCUAGAGCCCGGCGCAUGACCGGAGCGCGUGACAAGCUGUUAUGGGCAAACACCUGUGGUUGGUGUAAACAUUAAAAGGGAAAUGGUCCUAUCGCCAAAUGGUGAAGAAGUAGCUUUAGCAUGGAUAGCAGGCGCAAGAAAGAACGGCUGCACGAGAGGGAGACACGGAAGGGGAGAAGGAGUGCCUGCCCGAAAGGCCCACGAAAAUCAUCUGCUGCCCCCAAUCUAAUUACCUGGCAGCUGCUGUGUGAUCUGUCAAAAAUUUUGACAGAAAAUGAAUGACCUCGGUCUAAAAAAGCAUGCCGUCAAAAAGUGUUGUAUUUUUAUCCUUGGUGUAAAUACAUCUGUCAUAAAGAAAAGCUGGGUUAUCUGACUAUAGAGCGAUGGAGCAAUAAACCAAUGGUCAACACACAGCUUUAAAUCAUUUUUAACCACAGGCACAAUAAAUGGGAAAGAACAAAGUCCAGAUUGGGUAUCUUUUAAAGAAUGCGUGCUGAGUAUUAUAAAAAGCUAUGUUAAAUAUUGUUCUCUGAGCUUACUUACUCACAACUGUACAGACAUUGCUUUUACUGCACUAAGUGGCAGCCGUUUUUGGAGCAGACAUGUCUUACUGAGGGGACCUAAACUUCAGAACUCAAACUGUACCGAGACGUUUUCUGCUGCAGUAACGAGACAUAAACAACAGACCUCAGGUCACCUCCGAACGGCGAAUGAUACAGUAUUGAAAGGUUUUUCAAAGUCAUGCCCCUGGUAAAUGUAUCAUUUCAUCCAUCCUGUCCAAGUUUUGAUGGUAUGCAUUCCAUCGACAACACAAGCUGCCAAGUUUUCCUGAGCAAAGAAUAUUUCCUCUGAUCUUCAUUGCAACGAUUUGACAAAUCUUUUGUCUCUCGCCACUUCUGCUAAUGCAUAUCUGAUGUCAAUUCUUUCCAUCGUGAAUACUGUUUGAACACACCAACGUUUCUUUGAGAUUACAGCCACAUAGUCCCAUUAAACUAUAUUGAAGUGACCUCUAAGACCUGAACUUUGAUUAUUCCAUGGUUUCAGGAGCUGGUGGUGUAAUAUAUGACCUUCAUUACAUUGUUCAUGUAUUAUUGACUGACAGUUUUCUUGCCCAGCACGGUUACUUUUUCCUUUGGGAGCCUCUCAACCAAUUGGAAAUAUCCGCACUCACAGAGUGCGAGUUGAAACGAUUUUCAUGGGCCUUCCGGGCAGGCGCUUCCUCUCCCUUCACCUGUCUUUCUCAGGCCCACAACUUCCAAGUGUCUGCUACGUAGGCAAAAGUAGCUUCUUCUAAAAAACGUACCCAAUUCAAGACUAGAGUGCACAAACCAUACCCUAUUUCAGGCCAAAAUGGCUCAAAUUGAUACGCUAUUUCAGGCCAAAAUGGUUGAAAUUGAUACCCUAUUUCAGACCAAAACCGCUAAAAAACCAUACCCUUUGGCACCGUCCCCCAGGUGAAAACGCAUUGUGGAUUAUAAGUCUCGCUGCUUACACAAGCGAGACUAAUAUUAGCCAAAAACCAGUCCAAAAAGAGGAAUUGGUGAAAAAUGUGUUUUUUUUGCUGCUUGCCGGCCGUCACCAAAGGGUUAACAAAGUUACUGAUCUUUUUUUCAUUGGGCUCCUAGAAAUGCGGCUCGGGCUCCCAAACAAUUUUCUUAGGCAGCAGCCUUGUAUACUGGCAUUUUUUCUUUUCAAGACAAACAUAAUGCAGUUUCUGUCAUUUCAAAAAAGUGACUGUCUAUAUUAUGAAGUAACUAGUCUGAAUUACCUGUUCAUAGUAUUAGUAUUAUUACAUAACGUAAUUACUUUAAUUUACAAUAUAUUUUUCUUGGGCAUUUAUUUUUAUGUAAGAUUAAUUCUUUAUCCAAGAGCCACAAGCCACACGUACAGCUGUGCUGUUCAUGUCACCCUCUUUAAUAAAGUUUGAUUGAGUGACUUCAUUGAGUGUUAAUCCUACCUAUCUUGGUUUGUUAUUUAAAAACCUGCUUUGCUUACAAACCUGCUCCUAAUGUAAAUUUUACGGGGCAAACAGGAAGAAAGGAAUAUCAAAUCAUUCCAACAAAUGCCUAAGCUUUUAGUAUUAGUUUUGGGCCUGUACCUGUUCCCAUUACUUGUUUAUAACUUGUAAACAAAAACUCGCCUUCAUUCACACAUUUUCUGUUUCCUAUGGUGUUUUAGACUGAAGUGAAAUACAUGUGGGUAGAACCAAAGAUCUGCCGUGAAGAUGUUGAUGGUGCUAUAAAACUUCCAGCAUCAGGAGAAAAACAAGACUGCCCUCCUUGUAACCCUGGGAUGCAUCAAAAUAGUACAGGAAAUAAUCAGUGUGUGUACUGUCCUGCCAAUCAUUUCAGUGAUGGCAAAGUUGGUAAGUGUGACACAAGUGACAUUUUCUGAGGAGGUUAAAAAAUCAUGGUUAUUUAGGCGUCAUUGAAAAAACGUAGAAAGAGAUACAAUGUAAUAUUGUCCUUUGAUACUGUAAAUUAAAGUCUUAAACACCCACAAAUUUCCCAUUAAUUCACAAAGAAUCCCUGGAUAUAAUUAUGGUAUGCUUUAGUUAGUUGGUUAUGUGAACGCUGUAGUACAUACAGUCAAUUUUUUACACAGUUUUAUAUAAAUUUACGCAGAAUUUGUUCACAUGCAAAUGUACAUAUUGAUUGAAUAUUAUAGUCAUUUGUUAAUUGCUUGAAGGAGUUGACUGUGUGACUGAUAAAUUGAAACUUGAUGAAAGCUACAUUUUCUUGAAAUUUUAAAAGUCAGGCUUCAAAAUUUCAAAACCACGUCCCUUUGUUAAUUUUGUUGGUUACUCUAAUCUACAUCAAUUUUUUUGAAAUCCCUGUUUUGGGUUAAUCAUAGAUUGUAAAGAGUGUGCAGUGUCUACUGAAGCUGUUUAUGGUUAUCACAUGAGAUGGUGGCAUACCAUUCCAGAGCCACUAAAAGCAUCUUGCUUCUCUAUGUCAGGUAAGUGAGUGAAAAAUCCACUUUCUUGUUUUAUGGCAUCAAUAUCAAUGAGAUUAAGCACUGGUUAUUAUUUCUGAAUCAAAUUCAGCAGUUACUGGUACCUUACAAACCACAGGGCUCGGCGUUGCGACCUGUGGGGUCGUCAAUCCGACCAGCUUUUACUCAGUGGCUUUUAAAUUUUCACGCCUGGUUGCCAACCUGGCCACCAAGAUAGGAGACUUUCUUCUUUGGGAAAACGUACACUAAUGAUAAUUUGUUAUCCUUUACAAAACUAACGGAUAGCUAACGGUGUUUCUAACGUUUUGCCCAAAAGCUCUAAUGCUUUGUCUAAAUGUUUUAACAAUUUGUCUAAAUGCUUUAACGAUUUCUUCCAACACUCUAACGGAUUGUUCUUAUGCUGUUUGUCUAACAGACUUCUCGCGAAAUCAACUUCUUUGCCCGAAAACAUUAGCAACGUUUCCUCUUUCUGGAGACUUUCGAUCACGUGCUAGGCAAUAGCGAAAUAGAUCAAGUUUCACCGAUGUUCAUUUCUGAACAUGCAAAUACAUGGGACGCGAAACAAAUUUUGCAGAUUUUGUUCUUUAAUAACUGAAAUAAGUUUUUUUUGUGAUUCCUAAAGUUUGUUAUCUAAAUGUGUAUUCCAUUGCUUGAAUACCUGUUUGAGGAUAUUUACGCUUGAGUGCGCGUUCAUUUUCCCAAACACCGGCUGGUAAUCGAGCCUCAAGCAAAAACCGUUUGAAAGGAAGUUCAAAGGAAGUUUAAAGCAUUCUUUUUCUGCUAAGGCUGAGUAAAAGAUGUUAAGUUUAUUGUAUUCUAUUCGUUCUUAAAUAUAAUUUUUGGCGACUAGAAUACUUGUUCUGGCAACCAAAAAUUAAAACUUGGGGGCCAGCCAGCCCCAACAUUUUUUUCUGAAAGUCGAGAACUGAACCGCUUACUGAUGAACUCAAGCAAAACUGGCAACAGUGGAACAACAAUUUGACUAAUAAAAAAAUGGCUGCCAUUACUGUGACAAAAGAGUGAAUCAAAACGCACUAUGAUCACAUUUGAAGACUUCUUAGCUGAUAACAUCACUGCUUCACUGACAGACAACCAGUAACAAUGCAACUUAAUUGACCAAUCAGGCUAAAACCAGAAUUGAAAACUAGCAACUGACGAAAUACAACUUACUUGACCAUGAAGAUGACUACCAUACAGGUUGUUGAUAGUUACUGUCAACUACAGUCCUUUUCAGGACUAGUAUCUGCACUCACUCAGAGGGUGACUCACCUACUUAUGUUAUUUUUUCUGUUGCUAUGAUCAUGGGCUUAAGGACACAUAAAUUUUGACUAAAUAAAGGUUAAAUUUUUGUGCAAUAAAGUUAAGUUACUCACGUUGAAGUAGUCUUUUGUCAUUUCUGGUCAAUUGUCCCAGUAUAUUUCUUGUAGAAAAGCCUGGAAACAUGCUUUGUUUUGAUUUAUAAGUCCAUCAGCAUUUGUAAAGUCUUGGUAACCGAGCAUUCUCUUUGAAUUCUUUGGCAUGGGCGGCACUAAGUACAUGAUGUGCUUCUCCUAAAAACCCCCUGGGUACUCCCCUGGGUAGGAACCAAACUUGAUCAAUUUAACCUUUAUUUAGUUGAAAUCCAUGUUUGCUAUAGCCCAUGCUAUGAUCCCGAAAAAAGAAAUUGGUUUGAGGAACAAGUGUUCUGUGGUUUUCAAAACCAAGAGCUGUGAGAAAUCAAGUUUGGACUGUACUGGUGUUAAGCUGCAUUCGCUUGUCAAAUCCUACAAACGGCCCAAAUUUAUUUAGCACUUAAAUGGUAGUGUUUUAUUUAAGCAUAUGAAUGACUUAAGGCAUCAAUGUUUUUCUGAGGUUAUUAAAAAAUGUUCUGAAUGGUGAUGGGAUUAUGAUCAAAAUGUUACAUAUCCAUUUGGAUGUUAAACAUUAUUAUACUGUGGUAUAAUACAAUUUUAUAAUAAUUUGGAUGAUAACAAAAUACUUUCCCCUUUGUCAGACUAUCAUGCAGUCUUUGUGAUUCAUUAUCUCUUGUAUUUGUCUUUAGACCGUGGAUGUACAUCAAAGCAGGGUUGGCAGCCACGUAAGAACUUUCUUGACAGUGGUAUCAACCAGGCAGAUGAUGUGUACAUGUCAUUGCGUCUUUCUGUGAAGGGAUUUGGCGGCUCUGAGCGCUUAAAUGACCCCCGCCAAGGCCAGCAUGGACUUGUUACCUUUGACUUUGAGAUGAUCUGUAAUGGAGAUUGUACCUUUAAAUUCAAAGAAGUAAAUUUUGUUAAUAUUCUUUUGUUAAUUGUGAUAGCCACAUAAUUUACUCCUCAUUCAUAAUGCUGUCUAUGUUAUGUUGACCUAUCAUGCUACUUAUCAUGUUACUUUUCAACAGUCUUUGAAAGUGCAGUAACAUUUAAAAUUGACAAUUGUGUGUUAUGGGCUGCACAAAUUUUAAUUUUCAAUGCUUAAAAACGUUGGAGGGAAAAAAUUACAAGAGAACAGCCCUUUAACUUGUCAUGUACCGAUAUUUUGUGCUUCAAAUUAUUGUGGUAUUUCCCAGCAUGCAAAUAUUGAUGUUCUCUUUUUCUUAAGUCUGAGACCAUGUCAUAUCUUGCUUUAUAAAAAACUAAGAUAGUACGUGCACUCUGAUUGGCUGAGAGGAGUGUUUGCAUGAGAGCAUGGAAACAUGGUUGUGACGUCAAGAUGUUUUGCUUUUCGCGUGCUUAUCAGGCAACCACGAAUUUGAAACAGUUUUUGAGUUGAAAACUCAACAAGCUACUUUAUUUACCCAUUCCUUUGUCAGCUGAAACUUGGAAAAUCUUUACAAAAAAGCUGUGUAAUUUUUUUCUUUUGCUUAAGCUGACAUUUUAAGUGAGAAAAUUCUGUAUUUUGGAAAGCAUCUUUUUGCAAAACAAAAUACUUUGCGACUCGUAAGAAUUUUUCUUUUAAUCAGUGGCAUAAUAAAGAGUUUUGCGUUUUUUCUCGGGAAAUUUAUUUUAUAAAAGCAAUAGAAGACUUUUUUCCUGUGUUUGCAUAGCCUGAUAUAAACACUCGAGGGGGUCUUGGCUUUGCAUAACUGUCGCAAAUUCUCCCAACCCGUCUUGUGUUUAUAUCAGGCUAUGCAAAUGCAGAAAACGUUUUCUAUAUCAAAAUGCAUGUUGAGUGCCCUAGAUCUGUUCUAGUUGAGGCAUACUGAAAGGCAGUAGAUUUUCAGCUACUACCCUAUACACAGGUAAUGUAGGAAACUUGAUAUGAUCUUAUAAACUCUACACAUGCUCAUUAAUUUUGCUUUGUAUUUAUUUGAAGAAGCCACUUUAUAAAGGAACAUCAGAGAUUCAGACGUGGACAGGAACUAAUGGUCGACAAAAAUACAGGUGAUACAUUGAUAGAUGUCUGCAUGAACCAAUUUUCAACUUACUUUGGAUUUAGAGAUAGCUGAGUUUAAGAUACAUAUGUUUAUCACUUAACUUUCUUCAAAGUUGUUAAGUCUUUACUCUUAGUAACAAUCACUCACAUUUCCCUUCAACCUACAAACUUAGUAAUUGAGGAGAGAUUCCAGGUAUUGGUAAAAGUUUAAGUGUAAAUUAACUUUGUUUUUUACCUGCCAGUAAAAGUGAAAUGAAUAAAAGAUGUUUGAGGUACCAAUAGGAAGUAAUUUGUAGGAGAGUGUUGCAGCAGUAAAACUUAUAGAAUGAUGAAAGUGAGUCUUAGUCUAUGAAUCUGUUGACCAAAGCUGAUCACUGAAUGCUGAGUGAUAGAGGACCACAUCUUGUGCCUGUUAGAAGUCAAAGUAUGCACAAUCCAGAGUCUGAUUUUGUGCUUCUGAUACAGCAGGAGUAUCAGGCUGUGGAUUAUCACGUUUUACUGUGGAAUAAAUUUUAAACAACUAAUAAACUUACUACAUUACUUUUCUCUCACAGUUACAUCAUUUCAUCACAAAGGAGCACAGAAUUUUCAUGGACAUUCCAGAAGCACAGUUCCUACUCUUUUGAUGACAGUGAAUCAAGUACAUACACCAAUGACCGGUAUGAACUCCACAGUCAUUUUUUACUGUUUUCAAACCAUUAUUACUGUUGGGAUUUCUAUGUGUUGGUGCAUGAAUGCAGUUAGUACAAUAACUUAUUACAUGUUGGUGGUGCUAGCAGAAGCAGUGGCAGUAGAGGCAGUGGUGGUCAUUAGAGGUAGUGGUGGUGGUGGUGGUGGUAGUAGUAAUGGCAGUAGUUGUGGUGGUAGUGGUGGUGGUAUUUGUAGUGGCACUAGCUGCUGCAGCAGCAGCAGGAGCAAAUAUGAAUGAGACAUUUCCUCUGAAUUUUUAGUACAACACAUGGAGGAAAAUAAUAGUGAGAGUGAUAUCAUGACAAAAUGUUGAUCAUCUUGGUUAAGUCACCUCUUCAUUUUGGUUUGUUUGUUGUGUUUCAGAGUUAAGAUCUUCUCCAUUACAGUUAAUAAUACCGUUGAUGGGGGUGCGGACCACUGCCGUGAGUGCCCAGUUUCAUCAGAAGAAAAAGGGUAUGUACAGAAAGCUUUAAAAAGUUAGACAUGAUGAGUAAGUUCAUCAGCAAGUCUGAAUGUUGAACAAAGAUGUUAUCAGUUUCAACAUUUUUGACAUUCACCUCGUUUGCGUGUAUCUAACAGUACACCUAAAUAAGUGGAAAAGUUGGAAAAGGGUACAAGUGUUAUAGAACCGCUGCCUGGUUAGUUCAGUUGGAUAAGCGCCGGUCUGCCGAGCGGGAGGCUGCUGGUUCAAGUCCCGGCUGGACCAACACUCAGGGUCUUUAAAUAACUGAGAAGAAAGUGCUGCCUUUGUAAAGACAUCUGCAAACGGUUAGACUUUCUAGUCUUCUCAGAUAAGGACGAUAAACUGUCUCACAACCCUUGCAUAUAUAAAUUCUGUGGGACGUUAAAGAACCCACACACUGUUCGUAAAAAGUAGGGGACGUAGUCCCCGGUGUGGUGGUCUAUCUCUCAUGGGAGGAGGGACUGUUACAGGCCAGCAGUAAUUGGCGUCAUGCUGUUGCGGUGACCCUGCCAAUAAUUGGCGAAUCUAAUAAAAUAAAAUAUUUAUUUGCUUUCAUAUUUAUUUUCCACUGGUCUCAUACAUUGCAUGAAUUUAAGAUUUGAGAAUAACUUCCUAUAGCAAGUCAAGUUACUGUUUCAGGGUCAUCUUCCUUUUCACUUUGCAGUUGCAUCAGUUGUCCUGAGGGAAAUUAUGUUGACACGGAGAAGCAUGCUUGUGUACCUUGCCCCAAAGGUAACUCCUUUUCAAAACAAAUCAGGUUACGAACUUAGGCCUUUUAUGACAUUUUCCAGCUACCAGCUGGCAAAAAUAGUUUAAACUAUAUCCAGCUGGUAAUUCUUCACAGUUUUCAAAUCAAGCCGUUGUUUUUAGUGCAAAUGUAGUAAUAUAGUGCUUCUAAGCACUCAGCAGGGCAAAACGUUAGUACAUAAUAAACUAGUGAGACAUGGAAGUUUAGAAUAGUCGUUUUCUUCAUUCAACAAAUCUACGCAUUUUUGCAAGCUUCUAACGUGUUCAAUUUUUCAGCUUCUAACACUUUUUAACUUUGUGUUCAGGUACUUACUUGAAUACUAGCAAUCCUUAUGGUCGGGACUCGUGCAUUAAAUGUGGUCCAGGAUUAAAAAGGUAGACAGGCUUUAUUAAAGUUUCCGAGAGUAUAGGGAACAUUUUGUAGUUUGAGUAUCAGCGAAGUUCAUGCUUACUUUUCUCUCCUUCCAAAGUGGUGUUUGUGUUUCCUAAUUUGGCUGUCAUGUGUGCCCAUAAAAGUCUAGAUUGCAUAGGAGUAUCUGUCCUAUCCUUUCAGUACUUAGUAGAGCUGUUGACAAUUACACACGUCAGAAAGACAUCUAGGGCAAGACAGGGAACCAGAGACACCAGGGACUUGCUUUAACUAAUGUACAAACAAAAGGAGAUAUUUAAAUGCUUCCUAGACCCCCUAUUGCCUAAUCUGAAAUACUUGUGGUAUGUGCCUUAAUUAUCUACACAUAGUUCUUCAGUUCAUAGUGUCAAGCCACUGAAAGGAUAACGCACAUAUGCAAUGAAAAUACGUCUAGCAGUGAUGCUGCUAGAGAUGUAACCUGUAACACGUGUAACACCUGUUAUAGCUGAGGGUAUUAAGGGUAAUGAACAUGAAUAGCUGUUGUAGCAAAUAUUAUAAGCACGCUUUGUGUGUUUUAGCAGCUGAAAAAUUACACACAACAGCUGCUUCAAGAUCUUACUGUCAACCUUGGUGUUAGUUGCACCAUCUUAUUCAGGCUUUGGAGAACAACUGAACAUAUUUUACGAGUCUCUGGCAAAACAGGCGCAAAAGAAUUAACUAUAGUAAUAUAUUUGAGGGGAAAUUUAUAUCAAAUAACCUUGUUGUUAUUAUUUGAAUUUCUCGAUUUUCAUUUUUCAUGCUGUUUUUUUUUCUUAAUUAUGUUUCAGUGAAGAGGGAUCAACAAUGUGCCAUUCUGAUUGUAUUUACUUUUCCAAUAAGCAUGGACGAUUUUUCAACUUCUCUGGUCUUAAUGGGUAAGGAAUUCCUUAGGAACAAGUGCGGUUAUUUAACUAAUUUUAAUUAGUUAGUUAAUUAGUUGGUUUUUUAGUUUAAAAAACCUGGUUAUUCAGGGUGGAUGAAAGACUGUCUGGAGAAAGUAAAGUCUGCGCUAAGUUUGCACUGAACAGCAUGUCAGGUUAGAGUUCCUUUGGUGAAGGUGUUAAUUUUCAGUAGCCCUACAUCACAUCGUAGGGUUAAUUCUAGAAUUGACUUUGCAAGAUUUCCGUGGUUUGAAAAAUUAUGUGGCACGAAAUUUGUGUAAGGGCCUGUUUACAUGGAGGUGGGGGACCCCAGGUAGGUGAGGUAAAAUAUGGCGGGUCACCCCACCUAUCAUGUAAACGUGAUCAAAUCAAAAUGAGAGAUUAUAUGGACAGACGGGUUACCCCACCUAAGCGGGUUACCUCACCUACCUGGGGUCCCCACCUCCAUGCAAACAGGCCUUAAGUGUAGCCAAUGGCACACUUAAGUAAAAUGAAAUAAUAUAGAGAAUUCAAUUUUCAAUUGCGUUAUAUUUGGCCAGGUACGUGGACUUGGUGAGAAAUCAGAGAUGACGUCUGAUAACGUUGUGAAAGAAUGACUGUUAAAAUUUCGGCAACUCAAAUGAGAAUUUUGAACGGCAAAUGUACUGGCAUCAGUUGCUUUUGUCAAAUUAUUAUAGCAUAAUUAGAUACAGUUACCCAACAAAUUUAAAUUUUUGCAUGUGCAUGAAAUGUAUAUGGCGCGGAGGACGCGCGGAAAGGCUCUCUUGAAAAAUGGGUCAUAGGGCCCUCGAUGAGCCCAUUUUAUAAUGACUCGAAGAGGCUUUUCAAAAACAUAUUUAAAUAGACAUUAUCUUCUAAGAUGAUCUUCACUGGAAAAUGCAAAGAGUUGAGUAAGCGUAUUUUAGAAAUGUAAUUAUUAUUGUUUGCACGUUUUACUUAUUGAUGUGCGAUCACUUAUCAGAGCUCACAGCAUUGCCAGCAGCCCGUCUUUCACCAGUCGUGGUUUUCGAUAUUACCACCUCUUCAACAUGAGUCUGUGUGGUCAUCCUUAUCAAAUGGCACGCUGUCACAGCAACAUCAGUCUUUCCUCUGGAAAGGAGGUGAGUAAGGGUUUGUUUUUGCAUGUCUUCAUUCGGGCAUCUCAGUAAUACGGACACCGCUUUGUUAUGAACAGUUCUUGGUCCCAAAGUUAUUAAACUUCAUACAAUCCUUACCUCUUUUAGCUAUACUUGCAACAGGUAUUGGUAACGAAAAUGCUCCUUUACCAUGGUAGGGUAGGUAAAGGCGCACACGAGACAAAGGCCCAAACGGCCAGAGCUUAUCCCUGUUUCAUUAUUAUGAAGCACCUAGGAGUAUUGCUACUGCCCCCUGGACGAGAUGCUAGUCCAUCGCAGGGUUACCCCCAGCAGUAUGUCGCCGGUGCCCAUUUAUACACCUGAGUGAAGAGAGCCAAAGUGGAGUAAAGUUCCUUGUCUAAGGAAACAACGCUACCGGCGCGGCUUGAACCCCGCACCUCCAGCUCCGGUGUUGGAGGUGUUAACCACUCUGCCACACAUCCUUUACCAUGACCAAUCUCAAAGGUGCCAACUGUAUGUAAUAGUGCUUUUUCCUUUGUUAAUGUUUUACCCUAGCUUAAAUCCUAGUCUGAACAACUCGCCUCUUUGGGUCUAUAGACACUGGUCUUUGUGCUCCAAGAGCAAUCAAUUAUACUAUAUAUCUCUGUCCUUAAUUUCAUUGAGACAUUAAGCACAAUGUUGAAUUCACAGUCUUGACAUUGUAGAAUUCCUUAUAACAUAUCCUCAAAACGUGUUCAUGUGUCGUGGAUUUUAAAGAAUUCGUUCAUUCAUUGAAACACUCUUUUAUCCUUUUAUCAACUUCACCUCUAAUUUUCCCAAUUUACUGUCCAUGCAUCUCCCACCCAUUUUCUCUCUGAUUCUGUUCGUGUCUGGCAGUGCUCUCGCGGAUUUUAAAAGGUACCAUUUUGUGACCCAAAACUCUUUUUCUACAAUUUUUUGUUUUUGUUUAAGUUUUUUUUAUAUAGCAGUCAAGACAGUCAAUACUUGUUCAAAACUGUGUAGCAGACUUUCUUUGUCUAAUCUAUGUAAAUUGGUAUGGUUAUAUGUUUCUUUUAGGAGUACUUCAAUCUAACCUCUCCUGCUUGCCGCAUGACUGUUGUCCCUGAUCCUCAUGUCAUCACUACUCAGACAAUGAGGUUAGUCUAAUGUGUUGAAUAUGUCUCAGGCAUCUUUACAGUCAAGUCUUUAACUGACCUAGUUUGACCAACAAGUGGAGAGAAACCAAUACAGUGAACCAUGAGAUUAAGUGAACAACUAACCGGGUUCAGUAAUAGUGGUGGCUAGCCUGACUUUCAUCCGAUUACUGUACUUCGGGUCGUUAUUACUCCCUCAGUAACUGAGGGAGUAAUACCCACUCGAAGUAAUCGCAUGAAAUUCAGGCUAAGUGGUGGUUGCAUUCCAAAGAAAAAAAAUCGGGUUUACAGUAUUUACUCGAUCAGUUACGUCAAUAGAUACUUCGCCUUUAAAACAACAAUAACAAGACGCUGAGGGAGUGUAUACUUACCUGGGCGUCGUUGUAUAAGGCAUAUGUGAAGUUUUUUUGUGUGUGUUUGUGUGUUAAGGGUGUGUGAGUAGUGCAAUAGGGUUGUUUAUUGUAAAGGGUUUGUGAAAAUGUGUUAAGUGAAGGGCGUGGAGCCAUGGUUGACGUGGUUUGGUAUGGCGAUGGCUGUUGAAUACAUGUAUAUCAAGUCUGCAUAAGAUGUACCGGCACGCAGUUUGUACUUGGUGUUGGAGUUGACCACAUUCCUUGUUCGUAAGUGAGAAAAUUCGGCUUAUAAAUGUAACAGGGUCCGAAAUUACGCCUUCCUGGUCGCCAAUGCGACUAAAAAUUUAGUCCUGGCGACCAGAAUUUAAUAGCUGAUCGCCAGCUAGCGACUUGUAAAGUUGGUUGUUAUUGUGGACUUUAAGGUUCGGAGAAACUGAUUAAGAAUUGAAACCUCGAAGCUAUUUGACAACAGGUGUCUUACUUUUUGUCCUGGUGAUAUUUUUUAACUAAAAGUGGAACGAAUCUUCCUGUAAUAAUCAGAAUAAUACCUCCACAACAGCUACGAUCAAUACGAGUUGAACGUUUCCAAGCCGCUAUGUUGUUUUCAGCUGAAAUACGGUAAGUACGUUACGUACUUUGUGGACUGGUAUGAGUAAUGUGGCACAGUUGUGGCCUGGUACUGUCACAGUGAUAUGGGCAUCGCGGCUUGACUCGUGUUUAUGUUUCGUGUUUCGUGGUAGUUAUCGGAAGAAAAUAGAGUUUUGAUAUGAUCAGUGCAGUUAUGGGCAGACAGCUUUCUGUUCCUACGUUCUAGGUCUGACAGCUCUAUAUCUCCAACAAGUAAUUUGUGGAAAAAGUAAGACUUCACUCGUACACGUACGGUUGCUUUCUGGUAUCGGGAGCGAAAGUAUUGCAAUUUUUGAGCAUAAAAACGUCCAUACUAUGCAUUUUUUAUUCGUGUUUAAACUUUUAUUUGAAAAAUAGAGAGGGGAAAUUUUUGGCGGCCACAAUUUGCCCUCUGGCGACCAAAACUUUAUACUUGAUCGCCAGUUGGCGCCUGUAUUAAAAAGUUAAUUUCGGACCCUGUGUUAUCAUCCCACAGUAUAAAAUUUCGUUCGCAGUUUGCACGUGAAGAUAUUGAACGAAGGGAUAAUUAAGCACUUCAUGACUCAUUAGCUAUAAACUACACUAACGGGAGAAAGAUGGUUUUCUGUUAAUAUUAUACUUAUAUGAAAAUGACAUGUACUUUCAGCCUUGCUGAGCAUUUUCUUGGUAUAUAUGAAGAUGUUCGUGAUAACACAACCGAUGAGACAUCCGUGUUUGGUGAGAAUGGAGGUAAGUUGUGUGAAAAUCCCUAAAAAUAUGUUUGAUAAUCGAGGGAUAAAAUUUUUUGUACAAUAAGCAUUCAAAAAUAUAGACUACUUUUAAACCUUUACACAGUAGUCAUCAAGUCUAGGUUUUAAGGUAACUUGGUCAUCGAAAACGGAUUCAAAUGCCCAUCAUUAUAGCAGAAACGGCAACAGCGUCGUGAGAACUCAGGGUAUACCCAAACCACGAAAUGCGGGAAAAACAUCUGCCGUUGCCGUCGCGUCGCAACGUGAGAAUUCGUAUUUUGUCAUUAUUGUUACAAAACGUGAGCACUAAACUUUAGUUUUGCUUCGGUGUUUUUUGCAAAAUUCUUAUAAAUUUGGUAUCGGACAACUUAGAUCGGAUGAAAAGUAAUGAAGUACUUUGAAAACUUUUCUGGCCUGAAAAUCAUUUAUAAAAUCAUAUAUAAAUCUCUAUAGUAUAGAGAUUUACGCAUAUUUAGUUGCGUGAAUGAAGACUGAAGCGAUGCCGGUUAAGCUAUUUUGUCUGAAAAGUGAAGCUGCUCCGAGAGCUCUUUCUUGUUCAAAAAAUCAUUGUCCGAUCUAUUGUCUCUUCUGAAGUUUCAAAUCAGAAUUCAGACUUGCGUUUGUUUAUGUAAUAUCAUUAGAAAAAUUCUUCGCUGUCCACUACUCGCUCGCAAUGACUUUUAUUUGCAGGUAAAACUUGUUGAUUGCCUAUUUCGUUGUUUUGCACACUGGGGUUUUGCAAACUGUUCUGUCAAUCAUUUGAGUGGGAGCUGUGUGAAUGCAAAUCACCAUGCAACGCGCUUGCGUAGCUUGGCCCGCAAAAAUAAAACUGAGAAUGACUCUAGACUGCUCAAUAAUAACGAAAAAAAUCGCGAUAGUAAGUGGAAUUUUUAUCGAGGGAAGGAGCCAGACAUUGCUUUAUUUUCCAAGUGGGGUCGACAUUCUUAAGAAAGAUCGUAAGAAACUGAAUCUUCGAACAAAACUAGCCGAUUAUUACCCGAAACAGGACGAUCACCGGCAACAAACCUUGAAACACAGAAACAAACAAAACCGAUCAAAAUCCACAAAUCACAAACCGUGACCUUUUGAACUCGUUCCAGUAAACGUGUGUUUCCUAAGAGAUCCGCUAAGAUGAUUGACGGAACAGAAAAACCCAAAAUCCUUUCGAAGUUUGCAAAACGCGCAGCCCGAUACAACUCAUCAACUUGAAUAAAUUCUUUUUUACCUCUAGGUCCAGUAACUAAUACAUCUACAGUUUUCCUCUUCAAGUUACAUAGCAGCAGGUAAAAAAACACACUUUUAAUCCACAACUUGUGUUUAUCAUACGCACCAAACUUUCUAGUGAUUUACUGAGUGCAGAGUGAAUCCCCACAGGAUGUUGCUGCCUGUGACACCCAACGUUUUCAAGUGUUUACUCUUACUCCAAAAAGUAACUUGAGUAACUUUUAAACCCAGAAAAAUAUCGGUCAAUUGCUAGUCUUCAAGUGAAACACAAAGUGUUUUUAAUUUUGCUAGAAAACAGUAUUCUCCAUAGAUGAGGGUUUUUGGGGUUUUUCAAAAUUAAAAACCUUUUCAAUACGUUAGUCGAUAAAAUAAGUUAUUGGCUUUUUACCACCCGCAAUGCCAGUGGUAUCUUAGUUAUUUUGUUACAAAUGUACUUAGUGCUAACUUUCAUUGCUAACUAAGGCCUUGUCCAGCGAGUAUCCGGAAAUUUUUAGACACGGGUCUGUAAUUUUGUAAAUAUAUCCUUCUCGCUAGAUUUAUAUGAACAUAUUACCAGUAGUGGUGAAUAUGGUUUAAAUUCCAGUCGUUUCUUAAAAAUACAAUUCAUUUAACUUCGAGUCGGGUGGUCAAUAAUUAAUGCCGUCAAUUAUCCAGGAAUUUCCAGUUUCGAAUUAAUUUCUUCAUACCACUCAGUUUAGUUUUUAGUUUUCACCUAACAUCCGUAACUAAUUGAAAGGGGAUAGACCAAAGACAUUUGUUGCUCUUACAACUAUUGUCGUAAUCGUUCAUCGGUGAAGUUAGUAUGAUUUAGUCUAGCUUGCGUAAGCAGCGAGACUCAUAAUCUUCAACGUGUUUUCCUCGUAUUUAGGACACAAAUGGGGGGUCAUUGUGCCAGUUGUCCUUGCGGAGACCGUGGAAACAGGGACUAAGAAUUGUUGCGUGAUUGAAGCCACACAUGUUUUGCGAAGAAAGCUUAGGACAGAUUAAAUUUAGAGCUUUUCCGAAACUUGUCGGUCCACGAAUUCUAUCGCGUGAAAGCGUCCAUUACUUCGGAACUAGUGAACACUACUGAGUGGACGGGAAAAAAAAUAAGAAUCUUAAUUAGCAAAACUGCGAUGGUCGGGUGUUGUAAACUUUCAUUGUAUGCAAAUGGUCUUGUAAUGGGCAUGCGGUUUAUUUUAGGCGACGAUUGAAAUGAUGACCAUGUAAAUCACUUUUUUGAUCUCUGGCAGUGAUGUAAUUUCUCUGGAAUCGAGGCCCUUGAAUCUUCGUAUAUUUAUACACGCGUAUAUCCUCCGACCUCAGACGUAUUUCCGGUCGUUGCUAACACACGGACUAAAUCAACUCAGAAACAAAUAAAAAGUAUCGACGUCGAUAAAGUAGGAAGUUAAAAACCUUUAGCGAGUAAAUCCUGUUUCCUGUAGAAUUAAUGUCCUCCUCAUUUCUGGAUCUAAUCUCCAAGCAAGCAUGACUGACCGCCGCUGUAUGAGCGUUCUUGUUCGAUUUGCAACUGUGCUUAAAACCAUAAUUAUUAAAAGUGAUUGUUAAUGUGUUUUUAGACCCACUUCAGCCUGCCACCAAGGUCGCUCAGUCUGGGUGACCGUACUCUGCGAUGUGACUGCUGGAAAGGUACUUGCUUUGUCCUUUAUUUCUUUAUCAUGUUUCCAUUUGAUCGCCGUGAUCAAGGCAAUCAAUUAAUUGAAACCAAACUUAAGCUUGACGUACAGUUCCCUGCCCUUGAAUGCUUUCUGUUAGAGUGAUUUUAAUUGAAAAGUGAAACUGAUACUAACAAAUAGUGGAAAAUAGUGAGACCUAAACAAAAGAAGACAACAGAAUUAGUGCGUAAUAGUGCGUAAUAUUCAUCUACCUAUUUCACCGUUCAAGUAAAAUCUCUCUAAAGUUUAGACAGUUUUGUAGUACUAAAUCUUCUUUAAGCAGAUAUGAUACUAAGAUAGUGAAUAAAAAAAAACUGCGGGGAGGAAUUGGAAAUUUGAGAGAUAAAGUUCUAAGAUUUUAACUUUUUGUCGUUAGAAAGGUCUUUAGGUGUCUGUCAGAGUUCCUGCCAACUUCGAAUGCUAUUUUAGCUUUAAGGUGGUAAAAUGCUUCUUACUUUGCACAGUGAAUUCUUAUCUCUAAAAGCAACCUUUUUGUAGGUUUUGGCUCAACAUUUUUAGUUGUUUUUGUUGUUGUUGUUUUGUCACAUUUAUUAUCAGGAAGUCACACUUUAAAUUUAUCUGUCUUGACUGAAUGGAUUUUCACUUUGCAUUGCUCAUACUAAACAAAUUAGAUAUGUCGAGACAAAACAUAGCUAUUUGUCAGUAGGGAGCAUAUAUAUUUACCCCAACCGAAUGCAGAGGUAUUUUGCGAACCGAAAACGGUAAUUGUUUUAUCAUUCAACCAGUAUGAUUGUUUUGUUUUGUAAUUUAUUGGAAAACGUGGUGUCGCUAUGCUCCCUCAAGACAGGAACCCAACUACUCACGAGAAAAGCAACGUACAUUCUGUCUCCCCUGCGCAUGCGCAGACCGUUUUCUGCUGGCAGUUGUUUGCAGGUGACAUGAUUAUCUCCAGACCAAUAAAAACCUAGUAACAAAAUUAAUUUGACUAUUAACAUUUGUUGUCUUUUGUUGUAGGGUGUGCUUCAGCUGCCAGCCAAAUGUCCCGAUGGAACCUGUGACGGUUGUAGGUAAUGAGUUAUGAAUGACUGUUACAGCUAACCAACAUACUGGAAACAGUUCUUAAGUUAACUUCCUUAACGGGCAAUGAUCAAUUCAAUUUUUCUGUUCAUAUUGAUAACCGUUAUUACAAUAGCACAUUUAUUGUGAUUAUCCAAACAACUACUAUUUGAAACAAGGGCAAGCAACGUAAGAAAACAAUUUUAUCUAUUUUUUUUCCUUCUUAGAUUUGAAAUGUUGUGGCGAACAAAAUUUGCUUGUCCAGUCUGUUCUGUGUUUGAUUUUAGUGGUGUUACAUCAUCUUGCGAGGUACGUACGUGCAAAAGUUUUAAUUCUUUAAAGAGAAAUAGGGUAACAGCUGGGUUAGUCUCUAUCCCCAUGCUCCAUCCUUUGUACUUUGAACCGCAAAAUGCACUUGUGUGUAAGUCGGGAUGAUCGUUAGUUCAAGUCUCAAAUUGCCAAAUAACUGUUCAACUUUUGGGGCCUCAACGUUACAAUACUGUUGCUAAAAGCGAUAUGGGGCUUUGCCCCACCUCCACAACUGUCAGUUUCUUGUGAAAAAAAAGGGAACCUGGACCGUGUACAUGUGAUCAUCAUCGAGGAUGAUAGAAUUAAGUGCUAAUGGUAUUUAGAGCACGCACCUGGCAGGCCAAGGUUGGAAAUUGAGAUGCGAUGUAUAUCCUUUCAUUGCUUUCGUAUCACUGACGCAGAGCGUGAAGUCAGUAACGACUUUACCUCAUAGACAUGAUGUUUGUUGGAUCUGAAACUUGGUUUCCCUCGCCAAUUGCGGUCCCCGGAAUUUCAUCAUAUUAAAACGUAAGAAGAACGAAAGAUUAGGCGAUGCUUGUUCAUGUUUAUGCUCGAUGGUCUUUUGUCGAGGUUCUCGUACCAGACGUCAUUGUAACGUGCUGCUACUACGGCAAAGAGCACUUCUAAUUGGGCCUGAUUUAAAGUGCUCUAUUGCCGUUGUGCCUUCCAUGCUUUCAAAACAUUGAAAUCAUUUUUUAUUUUUUAUUUUUUUUUACUUUUUGGAUUUUUGUAGCGUUUGAUGUUUAUCCAACCUCCCCAAAGCGGACAAAUCCUUUAAAAUCACAAUUACUCCUAGUCCGCUUAUGGGAGGCUAGACGUUUCAUUAAUAAAUAUGACUACCAACGACCUAUUGUUCCAUCUAUGAUAUUAAUGAUAACAGGGAUCUUAAGCAAAGACGUUUUUUGAGCAACGACUGUCAACCAAAAAUGGACGGUUUACAUCCUUUAGCAGUGGUUUUGUUCAAAUUCUCAGGCGAGUCGUUUCUAUUGAAGUAAAUUAAAGAAACGUAGCCAUACAAAUUUAAUAGGAUAGCGUUAAGGCGUAAUAAUAAAAGGGAAAAGUAGACAUUUCCGGUCGGCGUGUUUUACUUAAAAACGGCUUUGCUUAAGCUCCCUAAUGAGACCUCGCUAGGAACACUUUUUACGUGGCCACACAGUAUACUUAGGAUAUGGUUCUUUUAUUGGCUGUAGCUUUUAUAGGUACAUACAGUAGGUAGUCUUAAAUGGUAUUGUGUGAACACCCCCCACCCCCCACCCCCCCUUUCAAAUCUCCUUCAUUGUACCUACCAGUGAGGUACUUACUUGUGAAAUGAAAUUUUUGUUGUUUCAGAGUGGGAAAAAGAUUACAAAAUAUAUGUGGAACAACCCCAGGUAAGAAGUGAUUCUCAAUAUUAAAGGAAACUGAGUAUUAUGUGAGAAAUUAUUCAGGCCAAGGGAGGAAGUUGUUUUCUGCCUAAGCCUGACGGUUAACACGGAAACUAAUUAAUACACUUCACUAGAAGACACAGAACCGCCUAGGCAAACUUUGAGUGUGGAAUUCCCCAGGAAAGCGCUCUGGGACCAUUCCUGUUUCUUAUUUAUAUCGACGACUUACCCAACGGGUUUGAUAAGUUAAGCUUGUAAAUGUGUCCUGAUGAUGCCAACUUACUCGUCUCGGCGAGCAACCUUAAAACCUUCGAAGCUCUAGUAAACUUAAAAAGAGUGAAACGAUGAUGUGACGCAAAAAAAUAGACAAAAAAUACGGCAAAAGCUAUUUUUAUUAGGUGACUUAAACAUUUUUACAGGCCAACGUAUUCGUGCGUAAAUUAACAAGAUUUCUGCGCAUAAAAACGGUACGCCCUAUACUACUCUCAGCCAGUCCGUUUCCGGUAUUUCCAAUAGUAUUCUCACUAAAAAGACUUGCAGCAAACACAUGUUUGUGUUAACCUUUCAGACUUUGUCGUGAUGGAGUGACCCUUCCUGGCGAUGUAGAAGAGCACUGCAGUAUUUUUGAACAGUCAGUUGGCUCAGCGAUGAAGGACUUUAAGGUAGAAGCCUGCCUACGCCCUGUCAGUAUGUUUAGAGGCAUUGUGGUACUGUUAUCGCCGGUUUGAACCCUAGCAGUGCCUUCAGUUUGAUUCCUCAAACAAAGGACAUGGUGUUUGUUUUCAUCCAGAUUAGUUCUCUUAUGAGAACUAAAAUAAUAAAUACAUAAUGUGGCAUUACAAACCCAUUUUAUCAACAACCUCCAAUGCCACUCAAAAAGUUAACACUUUUCAAAAUUGUUUCGCCCUUUUUUACGAUUGACCUUGUGUGUAUUUAAUGUGUUUUUGUAGAUUGGAAUCGCUGUGGUGGCAGGUCUUGUUGUUCUUAUGAUUUGCACUAUGUUUGGCUUGUGGUAUAAGAACAGAAAGUAAGUAUCAUCAUCAUGUUUAUGUUUAUAUGACAGUUACGUACUCCAGUUAGUCUAUAUUUUGUAUCUACUGUCCCUUUUACACCGCUUAAAGCAUUUUUCCCUCAACACAUGAGAAAACUUUUUCAGCUGAUGAGAAAUGCGGUAGGACACAACAAACAUAGAAAUUUACCAUUGUUGCAGAGUAUCGACCUAAUAUAGAAUUACCAUUGUUGCGGAGUAUCGACCUAAUAUAGAAUUACCAUUGUUGCGGAGUAUCGACCUAAUAUAGAAUUACCAUUGUUGCGGAGUAUCGACCUAAUAUAGAAUUACCAUUGUUGCAGAGUAUCGACCUAAUAUAGAAUUACCAUUGUUGCAGAGUAUCGACCUAAUAUAGAAUUACCAUUGUUGCAGAGUAUCGAUCUAAUAUAGAAUUACCAUUGUUGCAGAGUAUCGACCUAAUAUAGAAUUACCAUUUUUGCGGUGUAUCGACCUAAUAUAGAAUUACCAUUGUUGCAGAGUAUCGACCUAAUAUAGAAUUACCAUUGUUGCAGAGUAUCGACCUAAUAUAGAAUUACCAUUGUUGCAGAGUAUCGAUCAAAUAUAGAAUUACCAUUGUUGCAGAGUAUCGACCUAAUAUAGAAUUACCAUUGUUGCGGAGUAUCGAUCUAAUAUAGAAUUACCAUUGUUGCGGAGUAUCAACCCAAUAAGACUCUCAGGCUUUGUUCACCCGGUACUGGACCAAUUGUCGAGCGGUUGAAAAUUCGUGUAUCUAUGUUUUCCGUUCACUCGGAACCUUCCUAACCGUACUAAAGUUUAGACGCCUAGCCUUUCAAAAAUUUAAACGCCAAGGUUGAAGUCCUAAUUUUUAUUUAUCCGGUUCGGUCUACAUUUUCCUACGACAAAGUCAUGGUUGCACGGAUGCUCUAUUUUGGAUUUGGACAGUCUUAAAACCAGUGAAAAUUCAACUUGGUUUUGCAUCUUCGUGUGAACAGAGCGAAAAUAUUGAAUAGUUCCGUGUGAACGAAGUGUUCGGUCAAAUUUUUCAGCCAGUCGAAAAUUCGCCCGGUGCCGUGCGAGCGUAGCCUGACCUUUUCAUCUUUUUGCCCUCAUUACAGUGCUAUUACAAUAGCCCUUAUGCAUGUUUACGUCACACAAGCAAAUUUCACCACCAAGCCUCGUUUUGAAAUUAAAAAUAAGCGAAGUUUCACAGAAAUGAAUUCCCAAGGCAGUAGAGUUGAAAAGAAUACCCACGCACAAAAAGUGCAAAUGCAAAAAAUUUUGUUCACAAACGAGGCUUGUUGGUGGAAUUUACUCGUCUGACGUAAUCAUGCAUAGGGGCUAUUAAGGUAAUUCCCUUGUAACGGUUACCUACACUGUCUAGACAGCCAUAUUAUAGGACUUUGAAAACUGCAUACAAAUGGCUUAGAGUUUAUGAUGUUUGAGUCAAUUGCUUAUUUAUAAGUAUUUAAACGGAGGCUUCGCUUUUAGCCCUGGCCAAAUCUAUAUAUUAGGACAUUGAAAACUGCAAUAAAAAUAUGGGGUCAUCCUGCUUGUUUUCACCCUUCGUGCUCGUAAUUGUAAGUGGUUUUCCUAAUUAAGCGCGAAAUGUUCGAAAAUUCUUAUCAUGUAGCAAAACCUUUAAUCUUACCAAAAUCUAAAGCUUGUUUGUUAUUCUGAGCUAUAUUUUUUAGUAAAGUGGCUUCAAGUUACUCGGUAUUGUAAAAAGUGUAGAAAAAUAGACAGUUUUAACAUUAUCUUAUACUUCUUUGUGGCUCUAAAUUUGGAGAUUCAUGUCAUUCUUAUCUAAAUAAUACGGCUUCCACAAUCCAGAUUUUUUCUCCUUAAGAUAUGUUUUUCGUGUAGACGUUACGAGUAAAAAAACACCAAUAAAAAUGGGGUCACCCUUUUCGUAUUAUCGCAAAAAGGCAACAAAGGGACGAUUUCGGCUUCAAAUAAUCAUUCUGCGCGGAGAGGCUGGGGCGAGUUGGGAAGAGUUAUCAUAAUCCUUUUUGAAACCAUUUGGACCGCAAAAGGGACCUUUGUUGCCUCUCUUUGGGCGACCGGUAGAAAUCACCCCCUCCUUUGAUGUCUUUGUGUUGUGCACUAUGGGUGACAGUGCAAAAGAUAAAUUCAUCAAAGUGUAAACAAGGGGUUGAAUUUUAUUGUCCUUGUUAUCAAAUGCCCUUGGAUCCCGAGCUUAGUGCUUUACAAGUUGAGUUAAAGAUGUUUGCUCUACCUGUUUAGUACACAAUUAAUAGCCAGGAUAUCGUUGACAUAGAAUUGUCGUUUAUUGAAUUAUUGAAUUAUCGUUAUUGUUUAUUUCAAGGUUGACGUACAAGUAUCACCGUUUGGUUCACAAUAGCGGUGAUAAACCAGGCGAACUACCUCGGGUAGAGAGGUGUGUGGUGGAGGACGGUGAAGAAGAUGAUGAAGAGGUAAACAUGGUCGAUUUUUUAUCAGUUGUGAAUUGCGUUCAAUAAUAGAGAUUUAGAGUGACGUUAACGGCAAACAGAUAACUUCAGAUUUAAUUUGAGAAUUUCUUAAAAUAGAAAACGUGCAGCUGAAAACAAUCUAAAACAGUUUUUAUAGACAAAAAUAACGCGAAGCUAGUAAUUGUGGGGUAAAAGUGAUGAACAUUAAAGAACAAGUUAUGGAAAAACUUGGUCACGUCGUACAAAUUCACGUUUCCCGUUUGCCAUAAACGCGACUCUAAAUCUCUCAUUUUUUCAAACAGAACUUAUUUUGACUGCCUUGUGCCUCAACCCAGGGUAUAACGGUGGUCACUUCAAAUUCAUUUCAAAAUUACUAAAAUCUUAACAAACAAACUGAUGUACCGAAGAGAUCACGAAAACAGAAUAAAAUAGCUUUCCAAGACUGCUUGGUUAUCAAUAGAUCUUUUUUACCUUGUAUGUUUUGUUUUCUCAUGUCAAACUUCGUCUGUCAAUUGUUAUCCACGUGCAUAAGUAUACAUAAUGUAUGAAAAUGCAAAAGGAAACUUCCAUGGAGAACGUCCCGUGGUCUGAAUUGGGAAAACAAAAUGUAAAAGCUGAAAAGGUUUAUAAUAGCAACGCACUACGGAUGGAAGUUAACAGGAAACUGACAAACACCGACAAAAUAAAUCAGUUAUCUUACAAAUCGACGCAUUACCGACGAGACCUGCGGGCCCCACUUGCUGCUAUUAUCUUUACUACAUAUAUUUGUUUUCAUUUGGAUUGGAGAUCUUUUUUCCAGUGACUGCCAGCUCACUUUUUGGUCCUUUUAAGUCGCAGGAAAGUUGUUGUCUCGAUUUUUGCAAAAGUGUAUCAAGGCGAACGAGUUGUCAUUCGCUCAUCCAGUAUUAAAAAGAGCUGGACAUAAAGCGAUUGACGUGUCAGCUUUUAUUCUUGUUAAGAUACGGUUUUUCUCACCGGACGAAAUCGCUAUCAGUGACCGUAGUUAAUGUAUGAAAACCGUUUACAAACCGAGUUUCACAAUAACUGAGACGCUAUUGAGUGUAAAAUGCACCCUUCCUUCAGACUACUUCAACGAUGCAUUUAACACAAACGGCGCUGAGUUUAGGUCAGCAACUUCCAGCAGCUUACAAACGACCUCGUGACGAACGUAAAUACUAAAACACGCAAUAGACCAAGUUAACAAAAUCCUCCAACCUAACAGUACAUUGGCGGAUAUUAUAAUGAUAAAAACGCAUUCAAAAUAGCGUCGCAUCCGCAGUAAUAAGCUUAAUAUUUUCUUAACUGAAAGACGACCACUUGGAUUUGAAUGGUUUUUUUUGUCCCUAUUGGUGAAUUACGCACAGGUUACGGAAACGUCAGGCGCUAUCACAGUCUCAUGUGUCGACGCGUCGACAUUUGAACAAGUAAACCAAAUUCUAUCCUUUUUUCCACGCUCAGGUUCAUUUUAAAGCAGGAAAGGACCGCGGAAGGAAAAUUCUGAAGAAAAUCAAGGACAUGGCUAGUGGUGGAAAAAAGAAGGUAAUCAGCUUAUCACAUUUUUCAGGAAGUGCGUUUGGUUCCUUUUCUGCUUGUCUUUUUUACUCGAAACUAUGCUUAAUUCAGACGUACUUAAGUGUUUAAAUUGGAAACAAACGAACGGGGGAGGGGUAUUUCUAAGUUAAGUAUUGGUAUUAAAGGGUUUUAAGAAACCCGGGGUAAGAAAAGAUACGUUUUCUGUCGUCCAUUUUCCCGUUGGAGGUCCCUUGUGUUUAGUGUGUUUGUUUUCUCCUAGGAGAAAGUGACAUUUGAUGACGAUGAUGAUGAAUAUUUUGAGUCGGUGCAUCUUGAGCCCGGAAAGGAAGCGCUGUCAGACGAUUUCUAAAUCACAAACCCACUUUGAGCAGCUACACAGUUGAUCUUCUUCAGACCUGUUCUACUGCAGUCGCUGACGAAAUGCAAGCUGUUGCUCUCACAACACUAUUAGAUAUACAUAGUAACCUCUCGGUCAAUGCAUUAUGCUGCUUAACUGACCUUUAAUGUUCUCUGCAGUACCUUUAGUUUGGUCAUUUAAUUUCUCUGUUUUGAGGGUCUGGCUGCAAACUGUAAGAGGAAGGUGAGGAGACGUUUUUUUGCUGAUUCAACCAAUAGUUUCCUGCUGUUCUUGUUGUAAUUCCGUUCCAGCCAUUACUGUUUAGAGAAAUUAACAUUUCAGUCUGGGAUCGUCAAAGUUUCCAACCGUCAAUAGCACUGCUGGUUGACGACAUUUUGUCUAGCUCUGACACCCAGUUUCAGCUCUAGAGUAACAAAUCGUCAAAAGGUAAUGUGCUAACCAUCGAAUAUAUUUUUAGCGAGAAAAUAAACGUCCAUUAACAUAUUCCGAGCUGAGAAAACAUUUUAAAGUAGAGAUAGCUCAAUACCCUUAGCAGGGUGCAAAGAAAGUCAACAGCCCCAUUCGGGCAAUCAAGUCAUUUCAACUAGCCGCAAAACCUUUUUUGAUUAGCUUGAUUACCAUCCUUCUGUAAUUUGAAUUUCCCCAAAAAAAUUCACUUGCCCGUCGGACAUUGAGAACAGAAACUAGCCCGCUCAAAAUCCACUCAGUGUCACGCUGCACCUUAUAGCUCUAAUACAUUUCGUUCCAGUGUCAUGUAAUAGCCGUCCACUUAGACUUAGUGGACUGCAGAUUUGGUAGGUCGUGACCAAUUUAUUGACCUUGUUACAGUUACGUGUAUCCUUAGGAUAUGAGUGGUGGCGAGUCUGGGCUGAUCGAUAGAAACCUGAAAUAACUAUAUAUUUGAAAGGGUCGUUCCAAACAGCACCCUUCGUUAAGCCUCACUUUAUCCAAAAACUGUAGAUUAGAGACGUUAGGAAAAAAUA